GUUGCUGUGGUAUCCAGGGAGCCCUCCUCCUUCUGCAGGAGAUGCACGCUGGUCGUUGCUAAGGUCGCCUCCGCGGUAACAUGCACAUCCUGUUUACACCUUUAUCUGGAGAAGUUGGGCUCGGUUAGAGGCACCCGCUUCACCUGGGCAGCCCCCAGGGAAGGGGCCGCACCGAGCAUCCCCUUGCCGGAGCCUCGAGGGAGGGCGCUGCAGGAGCCGCGAGCCGGCGUCGCCGCCACCGCGCCGGCAAGAUGACGAACAACGUGGCCGACCACCACCCCGGGAACUCGGUUGCUGAAGGCAACCAUGAGGGGGACUUUGGUUGCUCCGUGGUGGAGCUCAGGAACCUCAUGGAGCUGAGGAGUGCCGAGGCGGUCACCCGGCUCAAUGACUCCUACGGCGGCGUGCAGAAUGUCUGCAAGAGGUUGAAGACGUCGCCAGUUGAAGGCCUGUCCGGGAACCCGACCGACCUGGAGAAGAGGCGGCAGGUCUUUGGCCAGAACUUCAUUCCUCCCAAAAAGGCCAAGACGUUCAUGCAGUUAGUGUGGGAGGCGCUCCAGGACGUCACGCUGAUCAUCUUGGAAAUCGCAGCCAUAAUCUCCCUGGGCCUGUCCUUCUACCACCCUCCAGGCGGUGACAAUGAACUGUGUGGUCAGUCGGCGGGCGGCGUGGAGGACGAGGGCGAAUCGCAGGCCGGCUGGAUCGAGGGGGCGGCUAUCUUGUUUUCGGUGAUCAUCGUGGUGCUGGUGACCGCUUUCAAUGACUGGAGCAAGGAGAAGCAAUUCCGGGGCCUCCAGAGCCGCAUCGAGCAGGAGCAGAAGUUCACAGUCAUCCGCAAGGGGCAGGUGAUUCAGAUCCCGGUGGCCGAGAUCGUGGUGGGAGACAUCGCGCAGAUCAAGUACGGUGAUCUCUUGCCAGCAGACGGGAUCCUGAUCCAGGGCAAUGACCUGAAAAUAGAUGAGAGCUCACUGACUGGGGAGUCAGACCAAGUCAAGAAAUCACUGGAUAAAGACCCCAUGCUGCUGUCAGGUACCCACGUGAUGGAGGGCUCUGGCAGGAUGGUGGUGACUGCUGUGGGUAUCAACUCCCAGACGGGAAUCAUCUUCACUCUCUUGGGUGCGGGAGAAGGAGAUGAGGAAAAGAAGGUGAAGAAAGGUAAAAAAACCGGAGCCCCCGAAAAUCGCAACAAAGCUAAAACUCAGGAUGGUGUGGCCUUAGAGAUCCAGCCCCUGAAGAGCCAGGAAGGGGUGGAAAAUGAGGAGAAGGAGAAGAAAAAGGUGAAGGUGCCCAAGAAGGAGAAGUCUGUGCUGCAAGGGAAGCUCACGCGCCUGGCGGUCCAGAUCGGGAAGGCAGGACUGAUCAUGUCGGCCAUCACGGUCAUCAUCUUGGUGCUGUACUUCGUGAUCGACACGUUUGGGGUGCAGGGACGGCCCUGGCUGGCGGAGUGCACCCCCAUUUACAUCCAGUACUUCGUCAAGUUCUUCAUCAUCGGUGUCACCGUGUUGGUGGUGGCUGUGCCUGAAGGGCUCCCGCUGGCGGUCACCAUCUCCCUGGCUUACUCUGUGAAGAAAAUGAUGAAGGACAACAACCUCGUGAGACACCUGGACGCAUGUGAGACCAUGGGUAAUGCCACCGCCAUCUGCUCAGACAAGACAGGCACCCUUACCAUGAACCGCAUGACCGUGGUGCAGGCCUACGUGGGGGACACCCAUUACCGCCAGAUCCCCGACCCUGAAGCCAUCCUGCCCAAGAUCCUGGACCUCAUAGUCAACGGUGUCGCCAUCAACUCCGCCUACACAUCCAAGAUCCUGCCACCCGAGAAGGAAGGGGGGCUACCCCGGCAAGUGGGGAACAAGACCGAGUGCGCCCUGCUGGGUUUCGUGCUGGACCUGAAGCAGGAUUACCAGGCUGUGCGGAACGAAGUGCCGGAGGAGAAGCUGUACAAGGUCUACACCUUCAAUUCGGUGCGCAAGUCCAUGAGCACGGUGCUGAAGAACGGCAAUGGCGGCUUCCGCAUGUACAGCAAGGGAGCCUCCGAGAUCAUCCUCCGCAAGUGCACCAGGAUCCUGGACAAGAACGGAGACCCUCGGGUGUUCAAGGUGAAGGACCGGGAUGAGAUGGUGAAGAAGGUGAUAGAGCCCAUGGCCUGCCACGGGCUGCGGACUAUCUGCCUGGCCUUCCGGGACUUCCCCACUGACGCCGAGCCGGACUGGGACAGUGAGAACGAGAUCCUGUCUGACCUGACCUGCAUCGCUGUGGUCGGGAUAGAGGACCCUGUGCGGCCGGAGGUGCCGGACGCCAUCCUCAAGUGCCAGCGUGCAGGGAUCACUGUCCGGAUGGUGACAGGGGACAAUAUCAACACUGCCCGCGCCAUCGCCACCAAGUGUGGCAUCCUGCUGCCAGGGGAGGACUUCUUGUGCCUGGAGGGGAAGGAGUUCAACCGGCUCAUCCGCAACGAGAAGGGAGAGGUGGAACAGGAGCAGCUGGAUAAGAUCUGGCCCAAGCUGCGUGUGCUGGCCCGCUCCUCCCCGACAGAUAAGCACACGCUCGUGAAAGGAAUUAUCGACAGCACCGUUGGUGAGCAGAGGCAGGUGGUGGCCGUGACCGGGGAUGGGACCAACGAUGGCCCAGCUUUGAAGAAAGCCGACGUUGGGUUUGCCAUGGGCAUCGCAGGCACAGACGUGGCGAAGGAGGCUUCAGACAUCAUCCUGACAGAUGACAACUUCACCAGCAUCGUCAAGGCGGUGAUGUGGGGACGCAACGUCUACGACAGCAUCUCCAAGUUCCUGCAGUUCCAGCUGACCGUUAACGUUGUGGCCGUCAUCGUGGCCUUCACGGGUGCCUGCAUCACGCAGGACUCUCCCCUGAAGGCUGUCCAGAUGCUGUGGGUGAACCUGAUCAUGGACACCUUCGCCUCCUUAGCCCUGGCCACGGAGCCCCCGUCCGAGUCCCUGCUGCUGCGCAAGCCGUACGGCCGCAACAAGCCGCUCAUCUCCCGCACCAUGAUGAAGAACAUCCUGGGGCACGCGGUGUACCAGCUAACUAUCAUUUUCACGCUGCUUUUUGCGGGGGAGAAGUUUUUUGACAUCGACAGUGGCCGGAACGUCCCUCUGCACUCCCCACCCACUGAGCACUACACCAUCGUCUUCAACACCUUUGUCAUGAUGCAGUUGUUCAACGAGAUCAACGCACGCAAGAUCCACGGGGAGAGGAACGUCUUCGAGUCCAUCUACCGCAACCCCAUCUUCUGCACGGUGGUGCUGGGGACGUUUGCAGCUCAGAUCAUCAUUGUGGAGUUUGGUGGGAAGCCGUUCAGCUGCUCUGGGCUCACCCUAAGCCAGUGGUUCUGGUGUAUUUUUAUCGGAGUGGGAGAGCUCCUCUGGGGCCAGCUGAUCUGCACUGUCCCAACCAGCCACCUGAAGUUCCUGAAGGAAGCUGGGCAUGGCAUCACCAAGGAGGAGAUCCCAGAGGAGGAGCUGCCUGAAGACGUGGAUGAGAUUGACCAUGCUGAAAUGGAGCUGCGGCGUGGGCAGAUCCUGUGGUUCAGGGGUCUCAACAGGAUACAGACACAGAUCAAAGUGGUGAAUGCGUUCCGUAGCUCCUUGUACGAAGGCCUCGAGAAACCCGAAUCCAGAAGCUCCAUCCAUAACUUCAUGACUCACCCAGAGUUCAUCCUGGAGGAAGACGAGCCUCGAACACCAUUCCUUGACGGCGCUGAAGAUGACCCCGAGACCGACGGACUCAAAAAGCGAGGUGGGGGUAGCCUGGGUGGAUCUACAUCCCUCAACAGAAAUAACAAUGCAGUGGACAGCGAUCAAGCUGAGGUCACCGUCCCGGAGCCCGAAAGCCCCUUACACAGCUUGGAGACAUCGGUUUGACCUUAGAACUUCGAACCCCCCCCCUCCUCCUCCACCUUCGCCCCUCGCCCUGUGUGAUAUUGGCACCAGUAACUGAUCACACACUGUGGUCACUUCGUGUCAAACUGCUCAUACGUAUAUCAUUUUGGUGUUCUGUUUUUGGGGGUUUUGUUUUUUGUUUUUGUUUUUACCAUUAUUUAGCAGUGGGAACCAGAGUACCACGAUGCUGAGUGUUGGGAGAGAGGCUAAGCCAAAAUUGUGCAUCUCCAUCCCUAAUUUUCCGUGGUACUCGCCCAGGUGAAGCAGCCAGGUUAUUUCCUCUCCGAGAGUUGGGCUCCAUGCGUCCGUAGGGGGUUUUCACUUUGAAAAAUGCAUGUUCAAAGAAAGUUCAAAUUGUUGUAGUCUUACAUGCACGCUCUCAGCCUGAGGGCUGGGGUGCACUUGUGACUUUAUUUUUUUUUCCACUUGUGGUUUUUAGGGUUCUCUUCUAAUGUUGGGGUUUGUUCUUUGCUUGUGGGAUUUGCCCCCAGUAACUUCACAAUGGGAAGUGGGGGAGUUAGCACUCUAGUGCGAAAAUUUUAAAAAUAAACAAAAAAAACCCAGCCAGGGGGAAGGUGUUUACUCACAGGUUGAUAGAUACAGGGAUGUACACCAGUCUUCCACCUUGAAAAAUGGUACCUAGCCUUUACAGUUCCUCCUCUGUGUGUGCGCACACACUUUCCUCUCUCUGUUUCCAAAGCAGUAAUUGGUAGACAAGGAACAAAGGUGACUUGGCUGUAGCCUUGCCGGAUGUAAAAGAUUCUGAUUUUUCUACAAAGCAAGGUGGAAGUGAACUGGCAGUGGAAGGGUGGUGAAGAAAAACCCCAUGGUUGUGAGAAACAGGGCUCCUUCCUGGGGAGUCUUGAGAGAUGCAUGUCUUCUGCCCUUGAACAGCUGUGAAACUUUUGGCGAGAGCCUUGCAAAGGUUUAACGGCUCCUGCCAUCAAGAGCAGAGGGACUCUUGCCCGUUCUGGCCUGUCUGUACUCUUGGGUUAAAUAAUCCUUCAGCCUCGGAGUACAAGUUCUGGUUAACUGCUGGGGAACCCCAGAGGGUGCUCCAGCCGUGCCCACCAGCUCUGCGCAUCGCUGCCAAAGCGUCAGCAGGCUGAACGGAGAACAAGCGUCGGGUUAUUGACAGUACAGUGGGUCAACUCCUAGAUCAUGGAAGGGAUGACUCAGGUUGUCUCUUUAGCUGGUAGGAGGGAGGGAGGCUCCAUGGCCUUUGCUUUCCAUAGCACUUCUGUAGCUGAUUUGCCAGUGGAGGCAAUUCCUCGCAGAGGUGGCAGGUUGGUUGGUUGGCUGCAGGUUCUUCCAGAGAAGGUGCUGCAUGGAGGCUUUGCCUCACUUGCUGCUUUUUUGAAGGUCAUCUCUUCACCCUGCGUCCUGCCUCACCUCGGUGUCUUGUAACCAUUUGGUGAGAGUCCUGGUUUCCUGGAGCAGAGGCCCGAGGUGUCCUGGGCAAGUUGGCUCUAAACUGGCCCUCUUGUGAAGCCACGGGACUGAGCAGGAGGCAGGAGUUUGCUUUACCUGGGCUUAGUUUCUUCCCCGUGGGCUCUUGCUGGUGCACCCCUGGUUACUGGCCCCAGGCAGGCAGGGCUGGAGGAAGCUCUGCUGCCUUCUCUCCUUCGUCCUGGUUGGCUUGGUCGGAAGCAGAGAGAACCUGGUUGUAACUGGCUGUACGACGUCAUCGUCUUUGCCCAGCCUCCAUCCCUGGAAGCAGAGAGGUUUUAGCGAGAGGGUGGGCUGGCUGGUUGUUUCUUUUCUUUCCUUUAAGAACGCACAGCAGAAUCUCCCGUGCCUUCUCCGAGCACUGCCUGCAGCACCACCUGCCACGCGAGGGCCCAGUACUUUGCCAAGAAAUAAGUGUUCCUUAAACGACAACACAAACCAAGUGUCUUUGUUUUGUUUCUAGCCCAGCACCGACUCGUCCCUUCCUUGGGGUGGGAGGAGGGAAGGACGAGGUCACCCCAUUCCCGCCCCAGGUAGCUGAGGAAAGGUCUUUCUCCCAGGUCUCCCGCCUCGGUGCUGGCGAAGGGGGUGAAGGCUGGGCUCCGUACACUGCCAACAGCAAGAAGAAAUUGCCACCACUACCCAUCUCAAUUGCAAAUUCAGGGUCAGGCCCCCUGCCCGCGCAGACAAACCCAUCGCUGCCCUCCCCGUUCCUUCUUCACACGAGCUGAAAAAAUACCUUGGGCAGGACCAGGGGGUGGGGGGGUGUUUUUUUGGGUUAUACACAAGUGGUGACAGGAAAGACAAAAGGGGUGGUUGUGGGGUUUGGUUCUGUACUAAAGGUGACAUUGCUUAAAAGAUCACUUUUUCUAUUUUAAAUACUUGCAAAAAAAAAAAAAAGGAUGAAAAAAUGGUGUUCUUACA